AUGAAUAUCGGCGUUCACGUGACGCUGAUCAAAAAGACUAGACAGCAGCUGGUCCAGAGGGAGGAGCUCGGCGAGGCGCUACGCGCCGUCGACUUCGAACAAUUGAAUAUUCAGAACAAGGAUUAUGUAAGGAUGAUCGAGGAGAAGACGAUCUACGUGAUCGACAUGAAGAGGAUCGCAGGACACUAUCAUCUGAAACUGACGCAGCAUAAGCAGAAACUGAGCGACUUGCUGAGUACUUUGAGCAAUUUGAAGAAGGAAAUUUCGCAGAGGGAUCAACAAAUUGAGGAGCUACGAGUAGAAGGCAAGCAUGUGGAAAAGGACGUUGCACGAAUGAACGAAGAAUUGGGUUCAUUGCUGAAUUAUAUGGAACACCACUCUGUGCCAGACAUUUUGGACUUCGUGAAUCUGCAAGCGGAAGUUCAGGAACUGCAAAAGGAAUACAAGCUACUAAACAGACGCAAGAACAUCGAGCGAAUAAUAUUCAGGACGUCCCAGAAACAGGCUCAGAGUCGGCCAAGCGAAUCUGAUCUACAAUUUGCGAGGUUGAUUGACUAA